AUGGCCCUGAGUAACGGAGCAAUCAUCGUCAUCGUCAUUAUCUGCUGCGGUGGGUUUGUCUGCUGUCUAGCAGCAAUGGGCAUGUUCUACCGCCGACAAAAUGCCAACGACGUACGCGUAACCCAUGGCUGGCGACCAACCAACGAUCAAACCGACUACAUGCGAGAGAUCAGACACAAGAACCAAAAGGGCAUGUUCCAUGCCGCAAGAUAUCACGAGAGAGCUUUGAGUUCGCAAGCAUCUCGAUCCGAUUUCAGCAGCACAAGCAAGAGUGACGCUUUCAGUCCUGUUUAA